ACUCCUCCCAGCCCCUCCCCUCUCUUUCCCUGGGAGGCGGGGCCGAGGCACCCACCUGGGCCAGGGCCCCACCCUCCACCCCCAGGGGGCUGGCAGGAGCUUUGCUGGGGACCCUGCCCUGGCUCAGGCAGCUGCUGUGGGCGGGCCCCUGGCCUUCCCGGCCCCUCGGCCUCCCCCUGCAUUCUAGAGCCCAGAGCUUUUGCCUUUGCCGCUGCCGCUGCUGGGCUGCCACCUCUCCUUCUCAGCCUCUGGCCACUCGCUGCUCCCUCACCCCCCACCCAGUUGUUCCUCUCACCUGGCCAUGACCCCAGCUUCCCCAGGGACCCUGGCCCGGCCCUGAGCCCUGGGACCUCCAGCCCCCUCCUCCCCUCCCCUGGGCCAUGGCCAACUCAGGCCUCCAGCUCCUGGGCUACUUCCUGGCCCUGGGUGGCUGGGUGGGCAUCAUCGCCAGCACAGCCCUCCCGCAGUGGAAGCAGUCCUCGUAUGCGGGCGACGCCAUCAUCACGGCCGUGGGCCUCUACGAAGGGCUCUGGAUGUCCUGUGCCUCCCAGAGUACGGGGCAGGUGCAGUGCAAACUCUACGACUCACUGCUCGCCCUGGAAGGUCACAUCCAGUCAGCCCGAGCCCUGAUGGUGGUGGCCGUGCUCCUGGGCUUUGUGGCCAUGGUCCUCAGUGUGGUUGGCAUGAAGUGCACCCGGGUUGGAGACAGCAACCCCAUUGCCAAGAGCCGCAUCGCCAUCUCUGGGGGUGCCCUUUUCCUCCUGGCAGGCCUCUGCACUUUGACAGCCGUCUCGUGGUAUGCCACCCUGGUGACCCAGGAGUUCUUCAACCCCAGCACACCAAUCAAUGCCAGGUACGAGUUCGGCUCGGCCCUGUUCGUGGGCUGGGCCUCCGCCGGCCUGGCCAUGCUGGGGGGCUCCUUCCUCUGCUGCACAUGCCCGGAGCCCGAGAGAACCAACAGCAGCCCGCAGCCCUACCGGCCCGGCCCCUCGGCUGCUGCGCGAGAACCAGUUGUUAAAUUGUCCGCCUCCGCCAAGGGCCCCCUGGGUGUGUAAUGUCCAGGUCCCCAGCCCGACUGUCCCCCUGCCACACCUAGACUGUGUGUUUGGUAUUUUUUGGAAAGAGAAGUGAACAUCCA